UCGCAGUCACAGCGCCGUGCUCUUGGAGGGAAAGAUAUACGCGGGGGUUCAGUUUGAGUGGCCUGCAAGUCCAGUUCGAGUCUCCCAACCGGGCCAGUCAACUCUUCCCAACUGAAUUCUUCCCCUUCCUUCCACUCCUCCUCCUCCUCCCCCGACACUCCUUUUACCUCAAACCCAAUCAUAUUCACCUUUCCUCCUAACCUUCUUCUUCUUCUUCUAUUCCUCCAACCCAAACUUCAACCUCUCACCAAACAUACAUAAACUCAAACUCAAUCACAAUCACCUUCCAGAACAUCCAUCCUCAAUCAUGGGCGGCGGUCUUUCAAAAGCUCUCGGAAAACUGCUCGGCAACAAAGAAAUGCGUAUCUUGAUGUUGGGACUCGAUGCGGCAGGCAAGACGACGAUCCUCUACAAGCUCAAGCUCAACCAAUCAGUCACCACGAUCCCGACGGUCGGCUUCAACGUCGAGACGGUGACCUACAAGAACGUCAAGUUCAACGUCUGGGACGUCGGCGGUCAAGAUAAAAUUCGCCCGCUUUGGAGACAUUAUUACACCGGUACUCAAGGCUUGGUUUUUGUCGUCGACUCUCAGGAUCGAGAACGAAUCGAAGAAGCCCGACAAGAGUUGCAUCGGAUUCUAAGUGAUCGAGAGAUGAAAGACUGUUUACUACUAGUGUUUGCCAACAAACAGGAUCUACCUGGUGCUAUGUCUCCUACGGAAGUGACCGAACGGUUGGGGUUACACAAGAUGAAAGAUCGGUCGUGGUAUUGUCAUCCCAGUAAUGCGCUCGCAGGUGAUGGAUUGUUCGAAGGACUUUCAUGGUUGAGCCAGAACGUCAAGAAAUCAGGCGCGCCUAGCUGAUCUUCUUGACCAUCACUUGUCCCCUUCCCUAUCGGAUCUCCUUGACCUUCUCUCUUUCCAUCUCUCUCUGUCUUUCUCUCAACUUUUGAUUAUCAUUAUCGUCUUCUUUAUUUGCUUGCUUGGGGCUGUGUGUCUUCCUAUAAAUCCUUCAUAAUCUUAUCCUUGGCUGACCGAUUGACCGAGCGAUUGAUUGAAAUUGGGAAAGAGCAAGAUGACACAGGGAAAACGCCCGACUCGGUCUUUUUUUUGUUUUGUCUUGCUCUCUCGAUCGCCUCUUCUGAUCAACUUAGCUUUUACUUUUAUUUGGACACGAUCUGAAUUUAUCGCGGGCUCGUUUAAAAAUCAUUAACCUUGCCAACAAUAAUCUUAAUACUAGUUAACUACGCCUCUAGUCACCCUCUUUUUCUUUUCUCUUUCACAUCCUAACCUUCUCUCCUUUCUCCUUUUUUGUUAUGUGUAGUAAAUCUUCUUCAAAUGUUCCUUCACACAUCUUUUUUUUUGUUUUUUUUUUGCUGCUCUAGUCAUUGAAAUCAAGAUGUACACCUCUUCUUUCUUUAUCAAGUGGCUUCCCCAAAGAUCUUUCGCUUUACAAGAAGAGAUGCACGAAAUAAUAACUCGUAUAUUUGACUGACUGCUUAUAUGUAAAUAUCUCCAAGUAAAAAACCCACUGUCAAAGACCAAAAAAGUUGCUUUUUCUCUCUGUAUAUGGACAAAAAAAACUUAUUUUUUUGUUAGGUUCUACAUACAUGAUUCUGGUUGUAGGUCUCAAGAGAAAAUAAAUACAUGUUUUCUUGUCUUCUGUGAUGAUAGCCUUAAUUAACAGCUAAAGAAAAUUUCAGUAACAAACUGAGCUGGUGAA